AUGAAUAUUCAAAAUAACUAAUAACACUAAUUAUAAAAGAGAAUAAAAGAGAGGUUCGUAUAUGAGGCUAAAUUUUUAGUAGAUUAAUGGAGGUUAUGGUAUUAUUAAUUCUUUAGAUAAAUUUUUGAUUAGAGACAAUUUUAAGAUGGGAAAAUGAUCAAGUUCACUCUUGACUAAGCUGCAGAAAUUGUUGGAGUUUCAAGGAAAACUUUAGAAGAUUAUUACUAUUGUCUAAAAAAAGCUGAGAAAAUUAGUACACAAUUUAACUUAAAGAGUAGUUGAUAUUAAUUAAUUUAUGAAUUGCAAAAUGGGAGUAAUUCGAAGGAUUAUUAAAGAACAUAAAAAGUAAACAGACGAGUAGAAUAUAUUUGAUACAAAUUAAUUUUUUGCAUUAGAAAACAUAAAUAAUGAACCAAGAAAAAAUAGUUUUGAAUAUGAUGAUUGAG